GGACCUGAAACGCUCUCUCUGGUCUCUGCCCCCUUUCCUUGGUUCCCAACAAUUCUCCUCUCCUCUCCUCUCCUGCCGUAGCUCCACGCGUAACACACCUCCGGAAAAUCCAAAAUACACUGCGCUCUCCUCCCAUCGGAUCCAACCCGAGCGCCGGGAGAUGUCGUCGUUGCUCGGAGGCGGCGGCGUGGCCUCCGCCGGAGCGGACGUCGCUGGCCUUCUCGACAAAGCCAAGGAGCUGGACCAGCUGCGCAAGGACCAGGACGAAGUGGCCAUGGAGAUCAACAAGAUCCACAAGAAGAUCAUCUCCUCUCCAGAGAUGGUGGAUAAAUCAGUUGAUGCCAUUGUGGCCAAGCUUCGUCUUUUAUAUGUACAAGCAAAAGAACUCGCUGAGAAUGAAGCCAGUACUUCGAAUGCUUUGGUUGGACUGUUAGAUGGAGUGUUGCAAUCUGGAGUUUCAGCUGCACCAAGAAAAAAGAUAGAAGUUGGCGAACAGAAAAAGAAGAGGAUGAAGUCUGAUACAGAUACACCACGAUUUUCCUCUGCAUCUAUGAGGAGUCAACUUGACCAAGCUGCAAACCUGAAAGGAGAGCAGGUUGCAGCUAGGGUAAAAUCGGAUGAUGAAAAAGAUGAGUGGUUUGUGGUGAAGGUCCUACAUUUCGAUAAGGAAACAAAAGAAUUUGAAGUACUUGAUGAGGAACCUGGUGAUGAUGAAGAGAGCACUGCCCAAAAGUUCGAGAGGAAGUACAAGUUGCCUAUGUCAUAUAUUAUUCCGUUUCCAAAGAAAGGAGAUCCUUCUAGUGCUCAGGAUUUUGGACAGGGUCGGCAAGUCUUAGCUGUUUAUCCUGGCACAACUGCAUUAUAUAGAGCUACUGUAGCUUCUCAUCGUAAGAGGAAGUCUGAUGAUUACCAUCUCUUAUUUGAUGAUGACGAAGAGGACGGGAAUCUACCAGAGAGAGCUGUUCCAUUUUACAGGGUGGUUGCACUCCCAGAGGGUCACCGGCAAUGAAAAAGCUCAGCCGUCCAUCUGCCUUGCACUAGCAAGUGAUAGUGCUCGAAGAUGGCAGUUUUGGAGCCUGGUGAUGUAUUAAUCUUAUAUGAUGCACGGCAGAUUGUUGUACAAGUAGUCUUUGUAGGUGCUAUGUAAAUAGGUGCUGAUUGAGUGUUGUUUUCUAGAAUAAUAAGUGAUACCAGGAUGUUUAGGAGAACGGUGGCUCCACACCUAUCUGCCGUCAGAUGUCAUAUCACGAUAUUCACCAUGCAGUGUCACUUGGGCAUGUAUACUGAUCUAUACUAGUAAACCGUACGUGCAAAUGCACGUCACACAUUAUAGGGCUCGAAUAAAAAAAUAUUAGUGCUUUUGACUCA